AUGGAUAAGCUUCCACAAUAUAUAGCGGAUGAGUACGAAAGUCCUUACGACAAUCUCGAUCCACGAUUGUGGAAUGCUGCCGUCGAAGCCGAAAGGGCCCGCCUUGAUCCUGCUGAAGAAGCCAUCCAAAGACAGUUCCACUUCGACGCCCCUCGCUUUGCGCUCAGUGGUGGAGACAGUCAAGAAUGCUUCCGAAUCCUCGAUGCCAUGCUUAUGCAGCCUGAUGAUCCACUUUAUAGGAGCCCACAAGCAGCCGCGGAAUCGAUCAUGCUUAUGCGUCCGCCCGGCUCCGAAGUCCCAUUUUCUACAGAAGAUAGAACUCAAGAAGCUUUCUACUACGGGUUACUUUUCUCAUCGUUCCACAUCGCGAAACAGAUCUCUGCUGAGGACGAAGAAAGCCAGGACAAAUUGGUGGAGUUGAUAAAAUAUGUCCAAAACAUGGAUGAUCACGACGUCUUGCCAACAUUUGGCUAUUGUGCACAUGAUUCCGACCACUACGAGUAUGGUGAUCAAGAGAAGGCUGAGGAGCUCAACUUUCAUGCCUUCCUCGCACGCUUGACCCGUGAAUCGGUCUACAACUUCUCUUUGUACAUGUCUUGGAUUUUAAAUCGUGCAUCGGGCAGAUCUCAUCGCGAGUAUGCUAACGGCGAAGUGGUAUGGAUGUCUCAAUGGCUGAGUUUGGCUGGGAAAGAGCUUUUUCUGCGAAACAAUGAUCUUUGGGAAGAUGGGAAGACAAAACUUCUUGCUGCACCUCCGUCAGCCAGAAUGACCUACGAGGACAAAGAAAUUUGCUUAGAGAUAUUAAAUCUCAUGGCAGCUGUCGAAAGGGAAGCGCCCAAUACUUGA